UCGCAGAUUGUAGCGGUCAUAACAGAGCUGUCGAAUCAGAGCGCUGGAGCAGCUCUCAGGCCACCAGUAGGAAGCAUCGCUCAGGGUCUUGCAUACGAGUGACACUGUCACCUUCCACGCGAUCAUGCUCACAGUUGUAUAAGUUAAGAGUGAAGGUUUACGUGUGCAUUAUUCUUUCAGCAUGUUACCUGUAGGCUAAAAGUCCGAAAUUAUUCCGGUUUAUGUAUGUUUAAUUGCACACCUGUGUUCAAACUUCUUCUACCUCAUGCUGAGAGUCGGCGGAUCAGAACAGCUGAUCAGAAAUAUACAAUGUUGCUCUCCAGCAGCGCUUUACUGAGAGCCGCCGUCCAGCGCGCGACUCGCUCUCACUGGGGUCCAGGGUCUGUAUGGUGUCCAUGCAGAAAUGUGUCUGUGAAAACAGGAGGAUGGAAAACCAAGAAAGUUCCUCAGAGAUACCUGGGUCAGCCAAGCCCAUACACACACCCUCACCUCAUCGGAUAUGGUGAGGUGACACCAGGUCUCACCCAGACAGAGUUUGAGUUUCGCCGGCAGCGAUUGGCAUCUCUGAUCGAGAUGCAGGCAGAGCGGCAAACAGGUUCUGGAGCCUCUUCAAACUCCUCCCACAUUGUCAUCGUCCUAUCGCAUCCCAUUCGCUACAUGUCCAAUGACAUCCCUUACCCGUUCCACCAGAACCAGGACUUCCUGUACCUGACAGGAAUUAUGGAGCCGGACAGCGCACUGGUGAUGUAUGGAUCGGGUAAGCCGGACCAGGCCGUGUUAUUCGUCCCACGGCGAGACCCGGCACGAGAGCUCUGGGACGGCCCCCGCUCAGGGAAAGAUGGGGCAGCUGCUUUAACGGGUCUAGAACGGGUUCACAGCACAGAGGAACUGGGUGUAGUGCUAAAAGCCUUGAAGGGGGGAACUAUAUGGUAUGACAGCUCUCAGCCUUGCCAUCCACGGCUACACCAGACUCAUGUGUGCCCCCUAUUGGAAGGAGGACCACUGAGGAUGUCUCUCCGACCCCUCACUCAUUCCCUCAGAGCCAUUAAGAGCCCAGCAGAGGUUGCUCUGAUGAAGGAGGCAGGACGGAUCACUGCCCAGGCAUUUAAGAAGACGAUGGCCAUGUCAAGAGGAGAUAUUGAUGAGGCAGUUCUCUAUGCAAAGUUUGAUUUUGAAUGCCGUGCUCAUGGUGCGAACUUCCUUGCAUAUCCACCCGUGGUUGCUGGUGGAAACCGAGCCAACACACUUCAUUACAUCAAUAAUAAUCAAAAAGUGAAGGAUGGAGAAAUGGUCUUGUUAGAUGGUGGGUGUGAAUAUUUCGGAUAUGUGAGUGACAUCACACGCACUUGGCCGGUGAAUGGAAAGUUCAGUCCUGCUCAGAGAGAGCUGUAUGAGGCCGUGUUGGAGGUGCAGCUGGGCUGUCUGUCUCAGUGCAGUCCUGGUGUCAGUCUGGACUACAUAUACUCCACCAUGCUCACGCUGUUGGCCCGGCAACUCAAAGAGCUCGGGAUCGUCCCACAAGGCACGAGUGAUACAGACGCACUGAAGGCUGCUCGGCAGUUUUGCCCCCAUCAUGUGGGUCACUACCUGGGCAUGGAUGUUCAUGACACUCCUGAGCUGUCCCGUUCACAACCGCUGCAACCUGGCAUGGUGAUCACAAUAGAGCCAGGACUGUACAUCAGCGAGGACGAUAGCUCAUGUCCAGAGCGAUUUCGGGGUCUAGGGGUGCGAAUUGAGGAUGACGUGGUGAUCCGAGAACACGGGGGACCCCUCAUCCUAUCUGCAGAAACCCCAAAAACCAUCGCUGAGGUGGAGAGUGCAUGCGCGCAUGGAGAGGACUGAAAGAAUAAAGGGAAAACAUAGCAAGUCCUUCUAGAAUGAGCCUGUUUCUCCCAUCUUUUAACACCUCCGCUGGGAGGGAUUUCUGUAAUAGUCGACUCAGGAGGUCUGGAUCUCACAGAACUUGCUCCAGUUAUGUAUUAAAUCUGGAGGAUUAAGAGCUGGACGUGUUGGGACAGCGUGCAACGUCUCCCUGAUAGCCAGUUGGGUCGUGUUUUGUAUUUGACAUGCACAACUACACUCUCAGAGAAAAGGUUCAAAAACGGUCACUAGGGUGGCACCCUUUCAAAAUGUACAUUUGUACCUUAUUUAACCCAAAAGGUACAUAAAAGUACUUUAAAGGUACAUAUAAGUACCUAAAAUGUACAUAUCGGAACCUAAAUGUAUACAUACAUACGUAUUUUUUUUUCUUUUGAACAGGUACCACCCCAGUGACAGCUUUUUGUCCGAGUGUGUAAGAUCUAGGAUGAGGGUUUAUAGGAGACUUCAGAGUAAGAAACAAACCGGUUACUAUACGAUUUAGCAAUGUUUAACAGUUUGUGUUUGGUACAACACAAAUAAUUUAUCUGUUUCACUGCGAGAGGCUCUGUUCGUGUUUGUCUGCUAAGGUUUUUAUUGUCAUGAAUGUGUUUUUUACUGUUGUCAAAAUAAAUGUCUAAUUCUU